UGGUGCGGCGCUGGGAAACGGAACCACUGGAAAGAUGUAAACCAAGUCACCAGCGGACACCAGCCUCGACCAGGACACUAAACGUUACCGCCGGAGACACCGGACCUCCCGACCGACAAACGGAACUGCACCGGCCGGCAGCUCGUCGGCUCGCUGUCCCCGAAGCAGCGGAGCGCUUUGCCGUUAGCAGCCAUCUUUUGUGAGAGGAUGUACGGGGCGACGCGGCGGGCCUGCUCGGGCUCUGGCCGGAGCCUGCUGAUGCUCACCAGCACCGCGCUGCUGCUGUCGGUGCUCGGGCUGCUGUCCGGGCUGCCCGCCGUCACCGAGGCGAAGGAAUGCGACAAACCGUGCAUGAACGGACAGUGCAACACCGCCACUGGAAACUGUGUGUGCUUCCCCGGUUGGGUCGGGGACCAAUGCCAGCACUGCGGAGGGAGAUUCAGGUUGACGGGGCCCUCCGGUCACCUCACUGACGGUCCAGGAAACUAUAAGUACAAGACCAAGUGCACCUGGCUGAUCGAGGGACAGCCCAACACCAUACUGCGAUUACGGUUCAACCACUUUGCCACUGAAUGCAGCUGGGACCACCUGUACGUGUACGACGGAGACUCCAUUUACGCCCCUCUUCUCGCCGCCUUCAGCGGUCUGAUUGUUCCUGAGCGUUACGGGAACGAGACGGUUCCUGAGGUGGUGUCUCAGUCCGGCUACGCCCUGCUGCACUUCUUCAGUGAUGCUGCUUACAACCUGACCGGAUUCAACAUUUCCUACAGGGUGAAUACAUGUCCCAACAACUGCUCGGGGCGCGGCGAGUGUCGUGUGGGGAACUCCACCGGUUCGGUGUACUGCGAGUGCGAAGACAACUGGAAGGGGGCCGCCUGUGAUGUCCCCUACUGCCUGGCUGACUGCGGCUACCCUGACAGAGGUCGCUGCCAGGGCAAGACCUGCGUCUGCAAGCCCGGAUGGCAAGGUCCAGACUGCUUCGUCUCCGUGCCUGCCAACUCCUCCUUCUGGAGCCGGGAGGAAUACACCGAGGCCGGGCUGGCGAGGGCUUCCCACAAGGCCGUGGUGGACCAGGGCAUCAUGUGGGUCAUCGGAGGCUACGUCUUCAACGCCUCCGACUAUCACAUGGUCAAAGCAUAUAACCUCAACAACAAGAGCUGGCUGACCCUUGACCCCUCCGUCCACACUGUCACGCCACGAUACGGCCACUCACUGGCUCUUCAUGAGGGGAAAAUCUACAUGUACGGAGGAAAGAUCGACUCCACGGGAAACGUGUCCAGCCAGCUGUGGGUCUUCCACAUCCAGAACCAGACCUGGGUCCUCCUGAGCCCCCGGGCCAAGGAGCACUAUGCCGUGGUGGGACACUCGGCUCACAUUGUGCCUCCCGUCCAGGAGGGGGACAGCCCGGUCAUGCUGGUGAUGUUUGGACACUGUCCUCUGUACGGUUACAUCAGCCUGGUGCAGGAGUACAACAUCGCUAAGAACACGUGGAGCCUGGUGUCCACGGACGGAGCGCUGGUCCAAGGCGGCUACGGCCACAGCUCGGUUUUCGACCCGAGCACCAGAGCCAUCUACAUCCACGGAGGCUACAAGGCCUUCAGCGCCAACAAGUAUGGCCUGGCCGGAGACCUGUACAAGUUCGAUGUGGACAAGAGGAAAUGGACGGUCCUGAGAGACAGCGGCUUCUUCCGUUACCUCCACACGGCGGUGAUAGUGAGCGGCACCAUGCUGGUGUUUGGAGGAAACACACACAACGACACGUCCAUGAGCCACGGCGCCAAGUGCUUCUCCUCCGACUUCCUGGCCUACAGUCUGGCGUGUGAUGAGUGGACGGUGUUGCCUCGACCGGACCUUUACCAUGACGUCAAUCGCUUCGGACACUCGGCAGUCUUCAGUGACAGUGUGAUGUACGUGUUCGGCGGCUUCAACAGCCUGCUGCUCAGCGACGUCCUCAUGUACACCUCGCCCAGCUGCGCGGCCUUCUCCAGCGCGGCGUCCUGCAGCCAGGCCUGGCCGGGGAUCCACUGCAUGUGGAACAGCACUCAGGGGACCUGCCUGCCCUGGGAGAGCGGCGCCGUCGGAGGCGAGCAGCAGCAGCUCCCGGCCUCCUGCACCACACGAUCAUAUGCCGAUAAUGAGAGAUGUGACCAGUAUACAGACUGCUACAGCUGCACUGCCAACACCAACGGCUGCCAGUGGUGCUCCGGACAGUGUGUGUCUCUGGGGAGCAACUGCACCUCUGCAACGGGGGCCAUCGUGGAGUUUGAAGUCUGCCCCAAGGACAACCCCUCAUACGUGUGCAACAAGAAAACCAGCUGCAAGAGCUGCGCUGUGGACCAGAACUGUCAGUGGGAACCUCGCAACCAGGAGUGCAUCUCGCUGCCAGAAAACGUGUGCGGUGAAAGCUGGCAUCUGGUGGGCAACUCCUGUCUGAAGUUCAUCACUGCAAAGGACUCGUACGACAACGCCAAGCUGGCCUGCAGGAGCCACAAUGCCGUCCUCGCCUCGCUCACCACGCAGAAGAAAGUGGACUUUGUCCUGAAGGAGCUGCAGAUCAUGAGCGUCGUGUACAAGGCCACGGUGACGCCCUGGGUGGGGCUCAGGAAGAUCAACGUGUCGUACUGGUGCUGGGAGGACAUGUCGCCCUUCACCAACACCACCCUGCAGUGGCUGCCCGGCGAGCCGAGUGACGCCGGGUUCUGUGGCUACCUGGCCGAGCCGGCGUCCAGCGGACUGAAAGCACAAACCUGCAUCAACCCGGUGAACGGCAGCCUGUGUGAACGGCCAGGUUUGUGCUUUCAGUCCGCUGGACGCCGGCUCGGCCAGGUAGCCACAGAACCCGGCGUCACUCGGCUCGCCGGGCAGCCACUGCAGGGUGGUGUUGGUGAAGGGCGACAUGUCCUCCCAGCACCAUGCUUUCAGCGUACGAGCGUGACGCCAAAAGCCUGCGUUCGGUCCAACUGGAACGUGGAUGGACAGAACCGGCGGCGUUGUUAUGAUACGCUGACGGCUGACCGGACGGCACUGGGCGCGUCCACCUGCACUGAUUGUGUGCUAUUUGUGUCCUCUUUUCCUCCUCAGCCAAACCGGGAUCUGGACAUGUUCAUAAACGCCUCAAAGAACUUCAACCUGAACAUAACCUGGGCCACCAGCUUCACCGCAGGCACGCAGACCGGCGAGGAGAUUCCCAUCGUCUCUCGGAGCAACAUCAAGGAGUUCAAAGACAGCUUCUCCAACGAGAACUUUGAUUUCCGCAACAGCCCCAAUAUCACCUUCUUCGUCUACGUCAGCAACUUCACGUGGCCCAUUAAGAUCCAAAUCGCCUUCUCGCAGCACAGUAACUUCAUGGAUCUGGUGCAGUUCUUUGUCACGUUCUUCAGCUGCUUCCUGUCCCUGCUCCUUGUGGCCGCUGUGGUUUGGAAGAUCAAACAAAGCUGCUGGGCGUCAAGGCGACGAGAGCAACUGCUAAGAGAGAUGCAACAGAUGGCCAGUCGGCCUUUCGCCACCAUCAACGUCGCCUUGGAGACGGACGAGGAGCCGCCUGACCUGAUAGGUGGAAAUGUCAAGUCCGUCCCCAAACCCAUCGCCCUGGAGCCUUGCUUCGGCAACAAAGCCGCCGUGCUCUCCAUCUUUGUGCGGUUACCCAGGGGCACCGGCGGCAUCCCUCCUCCAGGACAGUCUGGUCUGGCGGUGGCCAGCGCGCUGGUGGACGUCUCUCAGCAGAUGUGUGUGGGCUACAAGGAGAAGUCCGGAGGCCUGAGGAACCGCAAACAGCAGCCCACCGCACAACCAUCCACCUGCAUCUGACCACGCCCCCUGUCCUCCUCCACCAACCCCACCACCCGAUGCUCUCCCAUCAGCCCCCCCGCCUCGGCCUCCUCCUUCAGACGCUCCCGCCAGCUCCGCCCUGGCAGGGAGAGGUGCAUGCUGGGGAUGCAAGGACUGGAACAUUUUGGCGAGGGGCCGAGUCGUCCGGCGGACUGGAGCCUAAACGGGCUUCCCCUCCCUCUCCUCUGACGGGAACUGUGAGUCCCCGAAUGACAGAAACUGGACACAAAGAGGGGGAGGAGCGGAGGGAGGGAGGGACGGAGUGGGUGCUGACUUCGCCCCUUCCCCUCCCAAAAAAAAAGCAGAAAAGAAAAAAAAAACAUUUUACAUUUGUCGACACCGCCUCGUUAGAGUCGAGGCGGCCGCGGCUUGCUGCUAGAAGAGAUCCUCGUCUCGUAGUUUUUGAGAGACUUUGCAACCCUUUUCAUUUUAAGUUAUUUUUUUUUUGUUUUGGAUUGUUUUAUUUUGAAGGCAAGAGGAACAAACUGGACAGCUGCGCAUGCACACACAAAACACACACACAAAAAACAACUUUCCAGGCCCUUGUACCCAUUUGUAGUCCAUUGUCCCCUGCUGUCAUGUUCACAGCUCAGCACUGAGGGCUGCUGUCGCCGCAGUCCUGUACAGUUUGGCCUCCGAGCAAGCUAACAGCAUGUUCAGUCUUCCUGUAAUGAGGAUCCACUGUAGGAGGCCGGCCGUGCAGCCACAGCCCAUCGAAAGAGUCUGUGACAUUUCCAAUCGGCCUCUGUGUCUUCUGCCGCUGUCUUCUCCGCGGCCUGUCUGGAGCUUUGUCUCCGCCCGUCUCUCUCAGUCCGGCCUCCGUCUGGCUGCCGAGCCAACCACCUUUCCAGCCUCUCUGGCAGCGCGUCCGACUACAAAACAAGACCGCCGCAACAUCUCAUCCACGCUGGCUGGCUGGCUGCAUUGCGAGCCAGCGCCGAUUGAAACUUUUCCAGCUAAUUACUCCUCCGGUUGCGAUGAAAGCCAACGGCUCCGCACACACAGGUGCACACGUAGGACGCUCGAAAACCCUCCAGUGUUUAACGAUUGUCCCUUUGGCAGCGCCGCAACCUGGAGCUCAUGUGAAACAGGCUUCCUAUAGAUCGCCUGAUUGACUGAUGUGAUUUGGCCGAUCUGCGUGAGAGAGGAGUCCAGGUUCAGCAUCCUCUGUGAUCGUUGCCUCAGAAAUCUAUAGCCUCUAAUUGCCGCUCACGUGUCCCCUAAUGCAUGUCCACCUCUCUCGAUGCCAGAAAUCUCUUUGCUCCCUCCGCCCGCCGCUCGAUGGUGAUUGUUCCGUGUCCCUGAGUUUAUCUACGGCUGCCCAAUUAGCCCCCGCCGCAGUGACGUUUGUGUUCAUGCUGAUGCUGUGGAGCUUUUAAUGCCAACACAUAAACUGGACUGACAACUCUGAACAUGAAGCACACACGCACACUAGAGCGAGCAGCCACGGCGCAGUGACAGCGUCCGUUUUCUUAUUUCCACCUUUUUUUAAAUGGUAUUUUUGAAUUAGAAGACCUCGGGAUUGAUUCUGAAAAACAAAAAGAAGAGAAAGAAGAGCAUUUAACGCUUUUCCUUUUAAUCGUCUCUUGAAAUCAUCUUGUUGCCCAACACCAUCUCACCCCAACUCGUCAAAUAUCGCCGCUUGGUCAGUGCCGUUCACGUCUCCAAAGUGUCUCCCAGAGUCAUAAUCUAUGUGUGGCGGUACCUGAUGACGGUGAAGGAGGUAUCAUCAGGGUUCGUACGGUGAUGAAAUAUCUGGAAAAAUCAUGGAAUUUGCAAAUAGCAAUUAACAGGCAGGAAAAAGUUUUGGAAAACUAAAUAGACCCUGAA